AUGGUAGUGUUGGUAGACCAGUGGGAUCCAAUAGCAGCAGCUGUGACACUCCCUAUGACACAAAUGCCAACAGUUAGCUCCAAAACUAUACAACUCAAGGCUAAAGUGAGUGGGCAUCCUCUACUAAUCGUGGUGGACUUCAGGAGUACACAUAAUUUCAUUAAGGAAGGGCUUGUUCAGCUGCUGGGAAUUCGUAUACAGAAAUGGCCAGGGCUGCAAGUGACAGUGGCAAAUGAGGAGAAAGUUCCUAGAAUGGGUAUCUACGAAGGAGACGGAUUCUUGGGGGCUAUCUCCCAACCAAAGGUUGAUUUAUUUAGUGAAAUCAAAGAGGAGCUAGCUGAGUUCAGAACAGAUGCAUUUAGAGGUGAUGUUCCUACUGUUGUGACUCCUCUGCCUCUACUCAAAGAUGGUCGCUUUGUUCCAUUUCCUACUACUGUCAUCAAGUCCCGAUUAAACAGAGGGCUCCGUGAACUAUUGGUGCAAUGGGAGGGGAGCUCGCAUGAAGAUGCUAUACCAUGGCAACCCUUCUGGGCUGCUUGCAUUCAUUCUCUGGUUUUGCUUUCGCUAUCUUUGCACUCACAAGCAACUUUUGUGUUCAUUCAAGUCAUGGCUUAUGGGACAAAAAACCUUUGA